AUGACCAAGUAUAUUGUUGUCUCUGGUGGUGUCAUUUCUGGUAUUGGUAAGGGUGUCAUUGCCUCCAGUACCGGUACUCUUUUGAAGAGUUUGGGUCUUCGUGUGACAGCCAUCAAAAUCGAUCCCUAUCUCAACAUAGAUGCUGGUCUGAUGAGUCCUUUGGAUCACGGCGAGGUCUUUGUAUUGAACGACGGUGGUGAAGUUGAUUUGGAUUUGGGCAACUAUGAGCGUUUCCUCGAUGUCGAAUUGAGCCGUAUCAAUAACAUUACAACUGGUAAAAUCUACAGUGAAGUGAUUGAAAAGGAGCGUAAGGGUGAUUACCUCGGUAAGACUGUUCAAGUCGUUCCUCAUGUCACUGAUGCCAUCCAAAGCUGGGUUGAGCGUGUCGCUGAUUUACCUAUCGAUGAUUCUGGUGAGAAGCCUGAUGUGUGUAUCAUUGAAUUGGGUGGUACUGUGGGUGAUAUUGAAUCUGCUCCCUUUGUUGAAGCCAUGCGUCAAUUCCAAUUCCGUGUGGGCCAUGACAACUUCUGUUUGAUCCAUGUCUCUCUUGUGCCUGUCGUUGGCUCUGUGGGUGAGCAAAAGACCAAGCCUACUCAAAUGAGUGUGCGUGAUCUCCGUGGUGCUGGUCUCACUCCCGAUCUCAUUGCUUGCCGUUCCUCCAAGAUCUUGGAUCCCUCUGUCGCUUCCAAGAUCUCCAUGUUCUGUCACGUUGCUCCCGAGCAAGUUUUGGCUGUGCAUGAUGUCUCUUCUGUAUACCACGUCCCCAUCUUGAUGCGUGAACACGGUGUCAUUGAUUUCUUCCGUCGUCGUCUCAACCUCGAUGCCCUCAAGAUCAGCGAUGAAAGCCGUUUGGCUGGUGAGGAAUUAUGGACCAAGUGGACUACUUUGGCUGGUAGUUACGAACACAUUCACGAAACUGUUACUAUUGCUCUUGUCGGCAAGUAUACCAACCUCCACGAUUCUUACAUCUCUGUCUACAAGGCUCUUGAGCACGCUGCUCUUGCUUGUAAGCGCAAGCUCGAAAUCAAGUGGAUUGAAGCUACUGACUUGGAGUCUGAAGCACUCAAGGCGGAUCCUAUCAAGUUCCAUGAAUCCUGGCAAAACUUGUGUGCCGCUGACGGUAUUUUGGUGCCUGGUGGCUUUGGUGGUCGUGGUAUUGAAGGUAUGAUUAUGGCUGCCAAAUGGGCUCGUGAAAACAAGAUUCCUUACUUGGGUAUCUGUCUCGGUAUGCAAAUUGCUGUCAUUGAGUUUGCUCGUAACGUCUGUGGUAUGGCAGAUGCUGAUUCCGCUGAAAUGAACCCUGAUACUCCUUCUCCUGUCGUUGUUUACAUGCCUGAAAUCUCCAAGACUCAUAUGGGUGGUACUAUGCGUCUUGGUCUUCGUGCUACUGUCUUCCAAGAUGGUACUGAAGAGUCUCGUGUUCGCAAGUUGUAUGGUGGUAAGCCCUCUGUGGAUGAGCGUCAUCGUCAUCGUUAUGAAGUCAACCCUGAACACGUUGACAAGUUUGAGUCCAAGGGCCUCAAGUUUGUUGGUAAGGAUGAGACUGGCCAGCGUAUGGAGAUUGUUGAAAUGGAAGAACAUCCCUACUUUGUUGGUUGCCAAUACCAUCCUGAAUACCUCACUCGUCCUUUGAACCCAUGUCCUCUUUUCAAGGGUCUCAUUUUGGCCGCCGUUGGUGAGCUCGAUGCUUCCUUGUAA